AUGGACUACACCAGAGUGAAGGAGAAAGAACCCACCCCCCGACCCAAAACCAUCCUGUCAGAACCCACACCCCCUGACCCAACACCAUCCUGUCAGAACCCACCCCCCGACCCAAAACCAUCCUGUCAGAACCCACACCCCCUGACCCAACACCAUCCUGUCAGAACCGACACCCCGACCCAAAACCAUCCCGUCAGAACCCGCACCCCAACCCAACCCAACACCAUCCUGUCAGAACCCACACCCCGACCCAACACCAUCCUGUCAGAACCCACCCCCCGACCCAAAACCAUCCCGUCAGAGCCCACACCCCGACCCAAAACCAUCCCGUCAGAACCCACACCCCCUGACCCAACACCAUCCCGUCAGAGCCCGCACCCCGACCCAACGCCAUCCCGUCAGAGCCCGCACCCCGACCCAACACCAUCCCGUCAGAGCCCGCACCCCGACCCAACACCAUCCCGUCAGAACCCGCACCCCGACCCAACGCCAUCCCGUCAGAACCCGCACCCCGACCCAACGCCAUCCCGUCAGAACCCGCACCCCGACCCAACGCCAUCCCGUCAGAACCCGCACCCCGACCCAACACCAUCCCGUCAGAACCGCCACCCCGACCAAACACCAUCCCGUCAGAACCCGCACCCCGACCCAACACCAUCCCGUCAGAACCCGCACCCCGACCCAACACCAUCCCGUCAGAACCCGCACCCCGACCCAACACCAUCCCGUCAGAACCCGCACCCCGACCCAACACCAUCCCGUCAGAACCCGCACCCCGACCCAACACUACCCCGCCAGAACCCGCACCCCGACACAACACCAUCCCGUCAGAACCUGCACCCCGACCCAACACCAUCCCGUCAGAACCCGCACCCCGACCCAACACCAUAA